UCUCUGCGUUUCCCCUGCCCGACUGACCGCAGCGAAAUAGGCCGUGGGCCAGAUGUGGGGUGGGAGGGUCGGGGCCUUGCCCCGGGUAGGGGGGUUUUGGCUGACAGGAGUCCUCGGAAGGAAACCAAGCUGCAAUGCUGCGUCACUGAAAGGAAACAACUCCCCCCAGUGUUGGAACUGCGGCGGCUCGGGGAACCUCAUUGAGGGGGACGGGUUCUUCUGCCCACAGUGCCGGGCGCUGCAGCCACCUGAUCCCACUAGAGACCACUUCAGCCUUAUGGACUGCAACCGUUCCUUCAGAGUUGAUACUGCAAAGCUCCAGCAUAGGUACCAACAACUACAGCGUCUUGUCCACCCAGAUUUCUUCAGCCAGAGAUCUCAGACUGAAAAGGACUUCUCAGAGAAGCAUUCAACCCUGGUGAAUGAUGCCUAUAAGACCCUUCUGGCCCCCCUGAGUAGGGGACUAUACCUUCUAAAGCUCCAUGGAGUAGAGAUUCCUGAAGGAACAGAUAAUAAAAUGGACAGGCAAUUCCUCAUGGAAAUAAUGGAUAUCAAUGAAAAGCUUGCAGAAGCUCAGACUGAAGCUGCCAUGAAAGAGAUUGAAUGUAUUGUCAGAGCGAAACAGAAAGAGUUGACUGACAGUGUGAGCAGAGCUUUUGAACAAGGACUAGCUGAAGCAUCUGUUGAGAUGGUAUUUAGAGGACAUUUGUUGAAUAACAUGAGCAAUCAGGCAUUUAAUGAGGAGCAUCUCUAUGGAAACAAAAAGAAAAACAAAGAUGCCUGGUAGGAGCAGAAUAUAAACCCAUGUUCUGAGUCGAGAGUGAAGCCACUUGAGAAAACACUGAACUCUUAAGCAUUUUUAGAUGGUGACAUGAGGGUAGCAGUGACAGUCGGAUGGAUUUCCUGGUUGAUACUUUGAAUGUGGUGAUGGCAAAGAUAUCACUGUCACAGUCGUGGUUACUUCCCAGAGCAGAGCACGGAACGUGCAGGAGUUCUGGCGGACUCUCUGGGUGGCCCAUGUACCGGUAGCUCUAAGUUACCAGGCUUCAGCUUGUAGGACAUUCUCAGAUUCUGGAGGAAAGGGCAACUACAAGAGAACCUGAGUCCCAAAAAGGAUCUAGGCAGUCAAAUUCUAGUUCUUAGUGACACCAAGUCAGGAGGGGGGGGUGAAAAAUUGGAAACAUCAGUUUGUAGAGCUGUGGCCAGAGAGCGAAGGAAACUAGAAGAAUUAAGGAUUUGGUAAGGACUGGCAAAAUGUGUAAGAUGGCAGGAUCCAGCUCAUUUUACAGGUAAAUCAAACUUCAAAGACACUGAACAAGUCUAGAUGAGGAUAACCCACAAGGGUGUGUCACACUUUUCCACUGAAACAUAAAAUUUCUCUCCACAUUCACCCCCUUUGUAAUCAAAGAUAAAGUAAGAUAAUUCUUGUUUAAAAAAUAGUUUUAGUGUCAUUAAGUUUGGAUUGAUUAUUAAUAUAACUCUGUCAAGAAUGAUAAUGGACCAUACAGGCCUUUUUAAGUUUUCUUUCUGGAACUUUUUACAAGGAAUCUCAGGUUGGAUUUUAAAAGCUUCUCAGGGCUAGAAAGUCAAGCCAAGAAUCCUCUAUCAGGCAUCACCUUCAGUGGAUGAAUUCCUCUCUUCUCAAAGUCCCCGAAAUAUCCUGUUUCCUGAGCCUAGCAGGAAGUUACCUUACUUACUCAGCUGUAAGGCUGAGACCUCUUUAAGCCAGAUACCGGGCCAAUUUUUUCAAGAGGGCUUGUAAGCACUGGCUGCAAAGAGUCAACCUUAGCUCAUUAAAAUAGUCUCGUCAAAUCCAAUUUUAUUCUUCACUUUCAAGUAUGGCAUUCCAGUCAAAGCCUUCAUAAUUCUGUCCUAUCACAAAGAGGACAGAUUCUUAGGAAACCUAUACAAAUAACUAUAUUGCUAUGAAAAUAAGAAAUGGUCAAUAAUAGUUUCCAAUUUUUUGAGGGAUUAGGCAGGGGAAAAAGGAGGUAGCUUAAGGGAAAACAGAAUGAGGUUUUUUAUAUCUGGAAAAUAGGGCAUUUAAGAGCCAGCAAUAUUUCA